AAAAAAUAAAAAAAAAAAAUAAAAAGAAGAAAAACCUACAGUGGAUCAUCGUGUAAAAACACAGUGCCUGCCAAACAAUAGUUUAAAAAUGUUAUUUGAUGACUUUUACUCUCUUCACACUUAUUCAAAACUUGCUCUAUCUACAUAAAAUAAAUAUAUUAUUUCGCAUUUCUUAGUAGUGAGUUUGAUGAUCUUUCUAUGUAUUAUCUUUUACACUCAUGUUUUUUUUUAUUCUUUUAUAAAUCUGUAUAUUUAUAUAUUUUCAGGAGUUAUAGUACAGCAAUGCCAAAUAUAGCUUAUAGUAGAAAUAGUGAGACACCAUAUUAUGACAUAAUUUUCUUGUAUGCUAAUCUUUGGUGUCCCCCUUUUUUCUGUUAGAGUUUGGAUAAUUAAUUUCAACGUUUUCUCCUUUUUAUUCCUCCUCCCUUUUUUUUUUUCUUUCAACUCAUAGUGUGGAAUAAAUAUAUACACA